AUGGUGUCCACUCGAAGGCAACAAGCUGUCAAGAAAGUGGCAGAAGAAGAAGCGGAAACAUCGUCUUCUUCUUUGAAAGAACCAGAAGAAAAACAAGAUGAUGACGCCGCGGAAAAGGACGAAACCAACGAUGCUCCCGUUGCAACCUCCAGUACCAAGAAGAAGCCGAAGAACUCGCCUCGUCAAUUACGAAAGCAACAGAGAGAAGUUCUGCGUUCCAAGAAUAUGGGGAUGAUUCGUAUCCCAUCAGGAACAGCUAAAGAACCGACGAAGCAAUCCAACAAGAUUGUCUUUAACGACGACGAUGACGACAGCCAAGAUGAGCCAGAAAUUGUUGCCAAAGAGAAUGAUGAAAAAGUACACGUCGACGACAACGAGAAUGAUGAUGAGGCACCAGAGCAAGCCGUGACAACCACCACUACUGAUACUAUGGCUGUCAAUUAUCAACAGGAUGAUGAUGAUGAUGAUGAUGCUGUGGAACAAGUGGACAGUUCGGUAGCUCGCAACAUGGCCAUGGCCGAACGCCAGCGAGAACGAGAUUUCCGUCACGCCGCAACCAAACGAAAGCGAAAGCGCAAGACUCGUCCCGAAGAAGAAGACGAGACAAAAGAAGAAGAAGAAAACUUGGAAGACGACUUUUUUGCCGAAUUGGAUGCUCAAAAGAAGGCCAAUCGCAAAGCUCGCAAAUCCAAACCAGAGAAAGCAAUUCCCAAACACACCAUUUUCCAAUCGGCCGAGGAGGAAACAUCCAGUCGACAAGUCAAUUCCAGUAUGCAAGUCGUCGUGCUAGGACAGGACGACGAUGACGAGAGCCGAGAACAAACUGCCAUGGCAUUGGCACUCAUGACAACGGAGCCUUCCCAAACGGCUCUGUUUCACUCGCAACGACGCAUUGCCGAUGGAUCCGACAUUGUGUCUGCCAAACAACUCCAAAAGCAAAAGAAGCAUGGACUCAAACCACCGCAACCCACUUGGAAACGAUCCAAAAAGAUGAACCGAUUGUUGCUGGGCAAACGACACGGAAAGGCGGCUGCCAACUUUGUGGUCAAUCAGCAAGCCAAGACGUUCAAGUUCUAG